AUGACGCAUACGCUGGUUGCUGCUUAUGACUUGCUCCCAAAGCUCGAAGUCUUGAGACCUCAUGCUGCGACGCCAGAGCAGAUGACCAGGUUUCAUACCGACGAGUACAUCCAUUUCCUCAAGCGUGUGACUCCGGAAACGGCUGGAGAAUUAUCAGAAAAUGGAACUCGCUACCUCACCAACUUUGGUUACGACAACCCACCGUACGAGGGCGCAUUCGAAUUCUGUGCCAUUUCCGCUGGUGGAUCCAUCUCCGGUGCCAAGCGGCUCUCUGAAGGAGCAACAGACAUUGCCGUCAACUGGGCUGGAGGCCUCCACCACGCAAAAAAGGGAGGCGCAAGCGGUUUCUGCUACAUCAACGACAUUGUACUCGGAAUUCUCGAACUAUUGCGCACGUUCCCCCGAGUUUUGUAUGUGGACAUUGACUGCCACCAUGGCGAUGCCGUCGAAGAGGCCUUUUAUACCUCAGACCGCGUCCUCACAUGUAGUUUGCACAAAUUUGGCGACUUUUUCCCUGGGACAGGUCUACCGGAUGAUCGUGGAGUCGGGAAAGGAUUUCGUUAUAGUAUCAAUGUCCCGUUCAGAAGCGGUCUGACUGACGAAAACUUCGCGAGCGUCUACGUACCGCUCAUGGACAAAAUAUUGGCUCGAUUCCGCCCUUCAGCAGUCGUGCUGCAAUGCGGCGCCGACUCCCUCGCCGGAGAUCGACUCGGACAAUACAAUCUCAGCAUGCAAGGACAUGCCGACUGUGUGCGCUAUUUCAGAGACAAGGGUAUUCCUCUCAUGGUCCUCGGUGGUGGCGGCUAUACGAUCCGCAAUGUCGCGAGAACGUGGGCAUACGAGACUGCCUGCGUCCUGGGCUGCGAAAAGGAUCUCGACGUCAACCUUCCAUAUAACCAGUACUUUGAUUAUUUUGGACCAGAGUACAAAAUGGAAGUCAAACCGACCAACGUCGAGGAUCUGAAUGAAAGCGACCAUUAUCUUGAGGGAAUACGAGAGACUGUUCUUCGCCAGGCCGACGAAAUCCCAAUCGCGCCGAGUGUUGGUAUCCAUAUGCCUCCUCGUCAUUCGCUCGCCGAAGAGCUUGGACUCGGUUUGGAUGGGGCGACGCAUGUCGAUGGAGACUACGAUGAUAUAGAUCUUCGGAUACAAGAACUUUCCGCAAAGUUCAUCUCCAAGCCACCAGUAUCAUCAGACACCGAGUCUGUAGGCUCACGGGAUCGUCCAGAUUGGAACUCGGACGAUGAGAACGGCUCUGACGAAGAGGGAUAUGGAACACCGACUAGGAGUCGACGGAAUGCAAACCGCGUAGGAGGUGCAAAACUGACCAACGGCGGGGGACCCAAUCGCUUUGUGCAAGGAACUAUCCCGAUGCCUGCGACUGGUCUCCUCUUUUCAAACCAAACCGCCGAAGCCAGCGGACGGCCACCAAACUCUGUUGGCAGCGUUUUUGGUUCAGCUGGGAGGUCCGUCACGGUGAACCCUAUCGCCGAGGCGUGCUUCCCUCCAGAGCAUGUCACCAUGGGCAUAGUCCAGCAAAUGGAAAAUGGUGGAGUCUCUUCUCGCGGUAUCGAUGGGCGUGCCUAUGAAGAUGGACGAGAGAAUCAGACUGGACGAACCAGACGAUUCUUCAAAAGUUCAGGCAUCAAGCUACGUGGACUCAACGAGGUUGCGUUCCCGCUCUCGGUCCUUAAUGGCCGACCUGCAGGGACGUCAUGGGGACCAGCCGGAUUUGAAGGGUUUGGCAACGAGGCGCACGUGAUGCGACGUGGGUAUGCGCUCAGCUAUGGCGGAGAGGCGCAUGGUGUCGCUGCUGGAGGGGAUACGGAGCCAGCGCGGGAUGAGGAAACGACUACGCGCACGCUUCCUCCAAGGCGUGGACGCUAUUCGAGACGAGAAGAGGAUAUGGACCUUGAUGGGGCUGAGAGUGAUUGA